CAACAAUGUAGUAGAAAAUGUUUUUGUUUUUUUUCUUUACUCAUCAUGAAUCACAAUAACAUUGACAUUGAUUCAUUCAAAAUAAAAUGAAAAACAUUAAAAAUUCGAUCAAAAAAUUACGAGCAUCAUGGGCGUUUCGUGAAUCAAUUCAAUCUAAUAAUAAUAAUGAAAGUGAUAAUGAUGAUAAUAUCGAAACAAAACAACGUCUAUAUGAACAAAUGAUUCCGAACAUGGUCAUUUAUAAAGGUUAUAAAUUUCCAGGUAAUGCUGUAAAUAAACGUGUAUUAGAAAAUAUUGAAGAUUUUGAUGUCCGUGAUGAUGAUAUAUAUCUUAUUGCAUAUCCAGCUAACGGUACUCAUCUUCUCGAAGAUAUUGUUCAAGCAUUGUUGCAAAAACAUUUCGAAAAGAAAAAUCUUCAACAAAACCAAAAAGAAACGAAUGAAACUAAAAAAAGUGAUGAUAAUCAAAAUCAUAAUGAUGAUCAACAGACACCACAAAUAACUGUGGCCCGUUUGGAAGCAUCGAAUUUGUACGGCCAUAUUAGAUGGCUAAAUAGCUUACGAUCACCACGAUUGAUUUCGACAAGUUUACCAUAUGACCUAUUGCCACAACAAUUACAAAUACCAACGGCAAAAAUUAUCUAUAUGGGACGUAAUAGCAAAGAUCAUAUUGUCGCCUAUUAUUAUCAUCAUCGUUUGAAAGGUAUACAAAUCUCAUUGGAUGAUUUCAUCGACCUUUAUCUGAAUGGAAAUCUUAUAUACGGAAAUUAUUUUGAUCAUAUUGUUUCGUAUUGGCAAUUAUCACAACUUUAUCAGAAUAAUGUACUUUUUAUAUGCUACGAGGAGCUUAAAAUAAUAACCUUGAAAAUUGUUAAAUUAAUUGUUGAAUUUCUCGAAUUGAAUCUGGAUGAACAAGAAAUCGAAAUGCUUAUUGUGGAUAAACAAUUUAUUCGAAAUACACAAAAUACCAUGAAUGGUGAUAAUUUACAGCGACAACAAGAAGAUUCGGAUCGACAAAAUGCACAUAAGGUAAAUAAAUUCUACAAUAUUCUCGGUGACUGGGAUAAUUAUCUUAAUAUCGAUCAAUGUCGUCGUGUGGAUGAAAUGAUUCGUAUGAAAUUCGAAUCACAACGUUUAUAUCUAACAGAUGAUGUUGAAACAGCAUUGAAUAAUGUGGACAAAUUCAGCAGAAUUUUAUGCAAUAAACCAGAUCAUAAGCCCAAAUCUCGUCUUUUCAAUGGAAUAGGAAUAAAUGAUGCUAUGCUAACAUUGACACCGACAAGAAAACCAAAAUCUACAUGUUAUAAAAAACUUAUUCUGACAAAAGAUGAAGCACGAUUUAUACGUAAAAAAGAUAAGGUUAUCAUCAUUGAAAACACCGAUGAUGCAACAGAUUCAAAUCAAAAUGAUAAAGAACAAUCCAAUUGGUUUUCAAGAAUUUUUUGCUAUUGUUGUAACAAUUCGAAUCCAUUUAAGCGUCGUUCAUAUAAUCAACUUUAA